UGGAGCGAUUCCUUAUGGGAUUGUUGUGAAAGGUUGAGCAAGGAGAAGAGAUUGUUUUCAUCUCAUAAAGGGAACAACCAGAUUGUCUCACUGCAGCCUUUCCCUGGCGUGCGUCAGAACACCGUUAAUUUAGGAGUUGGAACCCAGUGGAGGAUUUUCUGAUUCUCUACCAUGUGUUUGCCUUUGUGACUCCAGUUUCUCUCUCAUCCUUUGGGGAUGUUUUCCCCUGACAUCUUCAUCCUUACCAGAACUUAUUUUUGUUUCUGCCAGAUAAAACACUGAAAUUAAUAGUUUUUGGUAACCAUUUUCUACAUCUUCAUCUGAUCAAUCUGAUUAUGUUAAGGCUGAGUCGAAUUACUCCAUUAAGAGUUUCAAAUGCUGUCAGAACUGAAGCAGGGAGAGGUUUCCCAGGAGACUGACUGUGUGUGCCUGUGUGGAACAGACUUGGUGGGGAAUUGGCCUGCACAGUUCCCUGGCAGAGCAGCACAGCUCCAGCACUUCUGUCCCCAGAUACCUGGGCUGAUCCUGGGCUGGGAAUGGACACCUGCUGGCUCAGGCUUUUUAUCACACUGGGGGCUGCCCUGCCCUCAGAAACAGGGGGAAUUCAUGCCUCUGCCUGCUCAUGUACAGGGAUAUUGAUGUAAUGCAGUGCCCCAUUUUGGGAAGCAGUGUUUUUCCAAGGGUGGAAAAAUGCUGGCUCUGUGGGAGGGAAUACUUCUUGCAAACAAGCACUGAAUUUCCUCAUUUUACUUUACUAGGGAUUUCUAUUAGAAAAUAAGGCUGGAGGGGGGAAGUUUGGAAUGAUUCUGGGAAGCUUUGACUCAGAAAGGGGAGAAUGAUUCAUGUUAUUACUGUUAUUUAUUAAGGAGAACAGACCAUGAACCUGAUCUUUUACUUAUCUUUGGAAACUUAAAGCACUUAUGCAGUGACCCCAAAAGAGUUUGUGCGUUUGAACCAAGGUCUUUCAACAUAAAAGCUAAAUCCCAGCUGUGGGAACUGGCCCACAACAUUUUAAGAAGAUUUAUUUGUAUUACCUUCAUACUUGAUAAGUAUUUUAAUAUCCUCAGUGCAUCCCUUCUCUAUUUGUGAAAGGGGGUGGUAAAAAAGUCUUGAAACUUGACUCUUUCUGUGCUGUGACAAUGGUCAGUUUAUCUCUGGUUAUUGCUGGAGUCUUGAUGUAAGAGGUCAUUCAUUUGAGAGUCAGUCUAGUUUUGACAGGGGAAUUUGAUUACGGAGAGAAGCAAUUUGUUUAGUAGCAACGUUUUUUGUCUUUUUAAUUUGGAAAUAAACAUUUACUUCUCCAAAAAUAACUUUGCUGUUAAUAAUCAAAACCUAGGAUAAUCAAAGGUAUAUGUUAGAAAGAAGGUUUUAAGCUCCAUCUUAAGAUAAUACUGAGAACUGUGAGGUAAUUUAAAUUUGUGUUUGUAUUCUGGUACUAUGAAAAAAAGAUAAGUGCAACCUAAACAAUGUUUUAAUCAUAUUUGGCAAGAGGAUUUAAGUAAGGAAAAAUCAAAACUUGACACAGUCUAUAUCCCACUUGUAACUUCAUUCUUCUACUUCAGAAGUUAGUAUAAGUUAAUCUUUUACCUGAUUCCUUAGGUGAGUUCUUUAAAGAAUCAACCAGACAAGGUUCUGUCAAUUUUAUGAAAAUGGAAAGGCACUUGACUGUAGACACACAGUUUUAUCUUCUUCCCUUGUAGUAUCAUACUGUACACCCCUUGUACUUCUGGUUGUGCUGUCAGUGGCUGACAGUCAGAGAAGUUAAGAGAAAGUUUUAACUUGUAGGUUUUAACUUUUAGAGUUUGAGACUGGAACAAAUAUCUCCAUUAUCCUCCUGAAAAAUCCUGUUAGCAAAGCAGUCCCAUCAUAUCUAAGUUACUGGCUUGAAUAUUGCUUGUAUUGUCUGUUAAAGUAUAGCAGCUUAAUCUCAGCAGAGAUUGAGAAAGCAUGCAAAGACUCUGCUAGCAAGAAAAAAAUGGAUAGAAAGGACAAAUUGUCACAGCAAGUAUAGAAACUUGAACUUAGACUGUAUUUUACUGCACUGAGGAAGGCAGAAGUCCUCAGCUUUUACAAUUAAAUCAAACACUUCUGACCAACUCAACAUCCAUCCCAGAAGGAUUUCCUUACAGGCUCAAGAAAACUGACUUAUGUCAAUUGGAAUAAACACACUGUGCAAAGUUAAGAGGUCUCCAAGGAUUUGGAUAAUCAACAGAAAUCUUAAUUAUGUUCAACCCCAGCUAAGAAUUUAUCAGUAAUUACAGGCAUUUAGUUAACAUGUAAGCAGUCCUGUGAGGUCCAAAAAACAUUUCUUGGCUCAUAUCUAUUAGUGGAGUUGAAAGUUUUCUUUGCUUAAAGGUCCAAAGUAAUGCCAGUCACAUGGCCGUGGAAGAGAUGUGAUAAGGCAUUGAAAAUCCAUCAGUGUUUUCUUCAUAAAGCUGCAAAAUAAACACAUUGAUCUCUCUGGUAGUCAAUUUAUGCCUGAAAUCAUCUUGUCCUGUGUCCUGUCAGAGAGUCUGAGUAGCUGCUAUGGUAGAAAUACGAUUCUCUGCCAGGAUUGUAAAUACCUUCCAAAACUGAGCUCAAACAGAGAGCCAUGCACUCAAGUACUGGAGUCUAUGGGUGCCAUUACAGGGAGGGGCUGUGGAAGAACAAACAUCUGUCAAACAUAUUGUAGAGGUUUCCUCCUGCUGGGCUUGGGCUCCAUAGCUCACUUAGGUUGCCAGAAUUGAACACGGUGCAGCGUUUGUGGUUUUGUGUCAGAUUUCUUAAUGCAGUGCUGGAUGUACAAAUACUGCAGCAAAAUACAGGGAUCUGUAGUUACCCUACCGUGUGGCCUGGCUCCUGUCCUUGAUUUGACCCCUGGAGCUCUCCUUGGCUAUCCUCAUCUCCCUCCACAAAUUAGCAAUCUCUGCAUAAAGAAAAUGAGCAUCAAGAUCAUUCCCAGCAAGAAGUAUCCUCAUGAUAAGACCAAAAGCUCCAUUUCAUGGAAACAUUUUGUGAGUCAGCAUGCUGAAAUGCGCAGUUCAGGCAGUACAUCCCAAAGAUCAUUAUUAAGUAUUGUGGCUAAGAACUGUUUUCCUGGGAGUGAUUUUGCUGCUUGGGCAAAUCUCUCACAGGUGCAGCCUAUUAGGAAGCCCAGACUGCUUCCUAUAAACAAGAAAGCAAAAACAAUCCAAAGGACAGCAAUGAUCUCUUGCCUUGCCAGCAGGGAAAGUCCAAGAGAAGACUUGGACUUCAGCAGAAGUAGAAUCUGGGGGGGGGGGGGGGGGAAAUCCAUAGUCUAUAAUGGAAUUUUUGGAAGAACCAUUUAUUCUGUACAAAAUUGUCCAGUCAAAAGAGCUGAUAAGUUUAAGGAACAAGCAGAAAUACUCAAGGGAAAGCUCAAGCAACCCAGCCUGGUUAUGGAAUUGAAUGCAGCCCCCUCUUUGUAUGGUACAGAUCACCAAAAGAACUCAAAUUACAGGGACCUUCCUCACCUGAGAGGCACAGAGUUUGGAAUGAGAAUAAAAGUACCAGCAAGAAGCAUCCAGAAGAGUCUGUGGAAGCAGCUACCUGGAGCAGCCCUCUCACUGCUUUCCACCUGCAGCCUCAUGAACCUGGUCUCCAAAUGGCUGCAUUGGGCCUUUCUCUUGGCACUGAGUACUCUGCACGUUGUUAAGCAUUUUCCCAUCUGGUUUUGGCUCCACAAUGGGUUUCUCCUGAACCCUGAAAGCAGUGAAUUCUUUUGAAUGAAAAUGACCUGACUGAAGCAGAAUGCAAUUUGAAGAGUCUUCCACAUGUUAUGCUAUAUCCUGGAAGCCUCCCUUCAGGAUUAGUGGUUCCUCAAAUGCUUCAAUGGCCAGGGCUGGCAGUGCUCUCACAGGCAGAGCACCUCUCAGGUGGCCUCCUUGGCUCUGGUUUUGCCUCAGGUUAUUUUCACUUCUCUUUCCUCAGAGCUUUUCCUUGCCAGCUCUUCUUCUUCCUCUUUUACUCGUGAGUGUUGCUCUUCAAGAGCAAAUUCUCAUAAACUUACAUCAUGGUUGCUUUGGCUCCACCUUCUGCUCUUUGUAUUUCAGUAUUUGAUUUCACUUGUUAUGGUUUAUUUUUAAUCAAACCAUUUCACAUUACUUUUUGGGGCCACAGAAGUGUGUUUGACAUGUUUAAGUUGCCACUGUGAGGUUCUUCUCCAAACAGAAUUCAAAUCAUUUUGUUGCAAUCUGUACCAGAGCCUUUCUAGCAGCUGUGUUUAUACAGUUUCUAGUAAAAUGGGUCCCUGAUUAGGAUUUUUGAAUAACUCAUUCACUGAAAAAAUGGUGUUUUGAACCAGCUAAAGCUAUUUUAAAAAUUGGGAUAAUAUAUGAUUAAAAGUUUUGGUUUGAAGAAAUCAGUGGCAACACCCUGCCAAAUUUUAGGCCCCAAACAUCAUCACCAUUAGUAUCAUAAAGAUUAAGAUACUGGAUUUUAACUGGGCAAAAAGUGGUUUUCUUUUGCUUGUUAAAGAAAUUAACUGAAAAAGGCAUUUGUCACAGAUUGAAAAUUUUAUGUUCAGUCACCCCAAAAUUGUUGAAGUUUGGUACAUCAGAUGAAACUGAAGGCAGGUUCUUUUUUUUGGAAUUGUCAAGCAACAGUGAUUUGAGGGCAACUUGAUGUAGAGUAGAAGCUGAACAUGAGGCAGUUCUGGGAUUGCUCCACAGUUAUCAAGCCAAGCAGUUUGAAAAACCAAACCCCAUCCUCAGCUGAGUGACACUGACACAGCACAGACUCAGUGUGUUGGGCAGGUGGGUUUUCAGAAGCUGUCUGCUCCUUCCAUGCCAGGCAACCUCCUCAGGAGGAUGGAGAAGCAAUAGCUGCUGUGGCAGCAGCAGAGUUUUCUGCAGGGAACCCUGCAGGCUCUUCCUCCCACUGGUGAGGCUGGGGGGGAAAAGGUUCCUCAUCUUUGCUGUUCCCCAUGGUGGAGGUGGCAGCUGCAUUCCCACAACUCUGCCGGUUUGGUUACUUGUGUCCAUGCUGCAGACACUGGCACUGUACAAAACCUGUAAGUGCACAGUAAGGCAGGGAAACACAAGUGCUGCUUCUGCUCCAUUAAACUGGAGCUCAGAAUUAAAGGACCAAAAGCUACUUCGACUGACAAACUCCAUAUUUAAAUGUUUUUUAAAUCGUAAACUAAGAGCAAAGAUUUAUAAGUUUGUGUCAUGAUCCAUAAAUCUAGAUCUCGUCCUUUGCCUCUAGACAAAUGGCUUGUAGAGGAAUUUGUAGUGGUUUGGAUAAGUCUAGGUUUCAGCAGUCAGCCCUCUUAAGUCAGACAUAUAUGAAACAUCUGUGAUUGUUUGAGGAAUUUGGCAGACAAUCAUGUACUUAAAUCACAGUUUCCCCUUUGAAAGUUGGAAAUGUCCGUGUAUAACUUAGACACACAAGCCACAUAAGUCUGCACUUGUGAAUUAGACAAGGGAUCAACCUGCUGUUACCUUGCUAAUCCUACUGCAAGAUAAGAGUAAGUUGAUACCUUGCUAUAGUGAAAGAGACCAGCUUAAAGUUCUUUAAAACUGUGCACCUUUGUGUGCCCUAGAAUAAAAUCUAAGAGCUUUAAGGGAAGUUGCUGCUAAAUUGCAGGCUACUUUAGUGUUCAGAAUUUGCCAGUUAGCCAAAAGACUAAGACUGAAAUCAAAAGGUUCUUUGAGUAAAAUUAUACAAACCCUCCUUUCCAGGCAGAAUUGCUGAGUUACGUGCAUAGCUGUCACAUGCUGGGCCCCUGAGUACAUUCACCAUGCAGUUGUGCAGAGUCUGUCUAGAAUCAUCUCAUCCUGUAAUGAGAUCAUGUGAAUUCAAAGCAUAUUAAACUUAAUCCUAGUUUUCAGGAUUAUACCCUGUAAAUUUAAAAUUGCAGACUAUAAAAAACACAUAAUGUUCUUGACUGCUUACUAUAAAAAAUGGGCCCCAGCUCAUUGUGAACCAGCUUUGGUUCUGCCACUGAAGCAGAAUUUGGUGAAGGGACUUCAGUGAUUGAAGCUGAUGUCUGGUGACCUUUGUCAAGCAGAACAAAUGAUUGCUAUGUUUGCUAGAAUUGUAUUAGUGCUGGAUGCUUCUGGUACAGCCUGAGCAAACGAAGUUUAAAAGUCUGGCUGUCUGUGAGCAAACUUUGCCUUUUGAUUUAGUCUGUGCUGCAGCAUGGACCCUCCAGGCAGGAAUUGAGGCUCUGCUUUAUUUGAUGUCAGGUCCUUCAAUAGUUCCAGAAAGUAAUUUUGCUUGUAAUAGAAACACAUGAUGAAAACAGACAUAAUCCUAGAUAAUGUGUUAGAAUCAAUUCUUGUGUGUCAGAUUCCUGCAUAGCAAAUGUCCUUUAGUACACACAGGAAUUGCCUGAACAAUCCAAGGAAGAGGCUGCAACACAUACAGGCUGCAACUCUGUGAACUCCAGCUCUGGGAUGACAGAGCAGAGCUAUCAACUCUUUAGGCUUAACCUAGCUCACAGUGGACAUAGAGCCAAAACUAGGCAGGAGAACACCCCCCAAAAAGAGAAGCCAAAAUUUGCAGCUGGUCAUUGAAUAACUUCUAAGAGCUAAAGGCCAUGUGAUUCUGACUUGACCACUGAAAUGCUGUAAAUUUACUGUGGAAGUGCCCUUGGUAGCUUUGAGCCUGAGGAUGUGCAAGAUUUCUUACCAGCAUUCAAUGACCUGUCUUGUGUGAUGCCAAGCCAUUCCAUGUUCAGCUCCCUGCUUUAUUCUAAGGACAAGCUUAGUUGGUCCUUCUGAGGCAGAGGUUUUUACUGUGCCUGACUGAGCAGCAUCACACUGGAAGGAAAGAAGGUGGAAGGAUUGUCUUCCCCAAAGCCAUUGCUGGAACAAAAAUUACCCACACUGCCUGCAGUGUGUCACUGCUGUGGAAAACAGUCUUAUUGUUUUCUUGCAGCUCUUUCAGCCACCUCCUUUACCCUUCUUUCCUUUCUGUCUUCUGUACUUUGGUCUCACUGUUCUCUCCUCUAUAUCUCUCCCUGUUUUCACUUACUGUUCCUUAAUACACUUAAUCCAAUGCAGUCAGUUCUAACUGGGGUUUUUGCUUUAUUCCCUGGGAAACAUCUACAUCCUUUCUGUUCCCUUCCCAGGGGCUUCCUUAGUGCCAGCACUGGUGCAUCUCAGCCAGCUGCAAGCUUCCCUCUCCUCCAGCUGAGUGAGAAGUUGACAGCAAUAGACUGUGUGCCUGACUGGACUCAGCUGAGCAUUCCCCUUUGGAUGUUCUUGGUGGCUGCUGCCACGCUCCCCACACCAUGGCCCAGUUUCUCUCUCUGUGGUGGAGGUGGCAGGGAGGGCUGGCACAGAAAGUGCAAACCAACCUGGCAUCUUCCACAACUGUAUUUUUUUUCCCCUUUGAAGAAUAGAGUUUUCCUUUUAACCUGUUUGGAAGGUAUUCUUGACAUCUAUGGGGUAAUGCAGUGUAGUAUUUCUCUUGCCAGCCUAUUGGAACCAUUUCAGGAGGUUGUGGCUGAUUGGCAGCUGUCAGUCACUGGCUGUACAUUGUCAGUGUUUUGCUUAGGCAGGCUGAAUUGCCUGAUACAGCUCUCUGGAAUGUAGCAGGAGGCAGUGCAGCAUUUUCAUUUAAUUGCUUGUGGAGAUCGCUGCAGGAUUGUGGUGUCAGAAAAUAUUGCUAAAUCUCCGGGGACUUUUUGGCAUUUUGUUGCCACAAUAAAGUCAUAGUUGUCACAGUGGCUUAGUACAGCCGCCAAUACAUGUACACUUAUUUAUGCAGCCUGAAAAUGUAAUGCAAUAAUAAAAUACUCUAUUUACAUUUC